UCCUGUUUAACACUACAAUAAAGUUUUAUGGUGAUGUCAAAUUAACUUCUUCUGAUGACUAUGCAAACAUAUAGCAAGUGACGUAAUAAGAAAUUAUGACCUCAUAUGUGAAACAACAAAUCUCCAAUCAAACCAUGCAUGAUCACUUGGUUCAGCAUGAGCUAUUGAUGGAAGUUAUUUUAGAGUGUUUGCAUUAAUAAAUUUAAGUUCAAGUAAAGCAAUGAAACAAUAUCUAAAAAGGUCAUUAAUCAGCCAUUUCAAUAAUGAGUAUGGAUUGAAAUUAUUUUGUUACUCUAUCUUUUGGAUGCUUUUUGGUGAAUUUUAGAGACAUCAAAGUUAAAGAUCGAAGGAAAACUUAGAUAUUGCCAAUUCUAAACAUAUGAUGUGAAUUUUCUCGAUUAUGAAACCAUAAUGACGUCAUAUUGUCAAAAGAGAAUAGUCAAAUGCUGUUCCAGGGGCGUUCUUUGAAGAAUUUUGUAGACUUUAGAUAGCGCAAUUCUAAAUACGCAACUGAAAUUGGACAAUUCGCUUAGAAUCAACCAGAUUCGCAAUCAGCAUGGUCAAAAUGCCCCGUAUCAAAUGGGUCCAGGUUUCUCUCAAAAAUGCCCUUUGUUCAGUAGUUACUGAGAAUCGGUACCAGAUAAGUAUGCUCACGGAGCGUGAGGCUUUAGAUUCAGAAUGAGCGUAUUGUUGCGUUUUAUCCAAUAAGAGCAAAGACAGUAGUAACAAUUGCAUGACUGAUCUGGCUUUCAUUGGAUGGUAAUUUUUGUUCGUGCUGUUUGAAUCGGGUGCCUGGAGAAUUUUGUAUUGAUCAAGUCAUAUUGGAAUCAUUUUCACAAAAAGAUGAACAGAGUUGAAGAAGAAAAAAGUUCAAGUAGUAAAUUCCGUUAUCUUGUUUGUGGAUUUGCAUUUUUAAUACAAUUCCUAGGAUAUGGCUUCCACCGUACAUUUGGGACCAUUUAUGUAUCAAUGCAGAAAGAAUUUGACGCGAGCAAUGCUUCGAUAGCACUAGCGAGUUCAUUACCGGCAUCUUUGCUGUUCAUGUUAUCAACUGUCGCAGUCGUUAUUUUGGAUCGGAUAGGCUUUCGCCUUUCAAUGCUACUUGGAGGCAUAUUGAUAGGCGUCGCCCUACUGGUGUCAUCACUCACUUCAAACAUCCUCAUCAUCUACCUGACGCUUGGAGUUAUUUACGCAUUUGGUCAGAGUUUGUGUUAUUACGGGUCUUUGCUAAUUUUGCCAUUGUAUUUCAAGAAGACAUUGCCACUCGCCCAUAGUAUAGUGAUAUCGGGGAACAGUGUUGGUGGCUUUGCCCUGGCGCCUGUCGUUGGUUUCGUCUUGAAACAAUAUGGCUUCAGUGGAGGAAUGCGGCUGUGCAGCGCCAUUGCCUUGUUCAUUAUUGCAAUGUCGGUGGUAUUUAAGAGGCCUGGGGAGAGCUUUUGGUUCAACGGAUUGAUUUGUGAAGAGAAUGAAAAGCGAAGAGACAGUGAAUCUAAACCUGAGAACCUACCUCUGCAUAAGAACAAAGCAUUUGUGAUUUAUGUUGUGUCGGUCAUGUAUUGCAAAUUUGGAGUUUACAUAAACUAUGUGCAUAUAGUACGUUUGGCUCUUGACCGGGCAGUGCCUUACACUGAAGCUACAUUCUUACCAGGCCUUACUUGGAUCGCACAGUUCCUUGGCAAAAUAGCUUUUGGCAAGCUGUCAUUUAUGAAAGUGGCUAGCAAUUUGGCUUUGUGUCAGAUUUCGACCGCUUUUAUGGGAGUAAUAGUGUUUUUGCCAUUUCUAAAAGGGUUUACUGGCCUAGCCAUAAUCUCUUUUGCUUUUGGAUUAUUUCAAGGAUUGCAUAAUGCAUCACACCUUAUUGUUGUCAGGGAAAUUGUAGAAACGCAGCAAUUUAAAAGUGGAUACAAUGUCAGUCAAUUCUUUUUAGGGAUCGCUACCUUUUGUGGCCCCCCAAUUGCAGGUUAUUUGUAUACACUCACUGGCAACUAUAUACUUGCUUUUCUCAUUGCUGGAGGAUGUGCUGUUAUGGGAAUGCUUCUGAUGUUCUUCGUGCGAUAUUUUCAUGCUCUAAACAAAGAGGAAAAUGAACUUCUCCUCAAACAGUAGAAGUUUAAAGUCAACGUAAUCGAAUAAGAAUCUUUCAAUAAAACAUGUUGAUUGGCAAGCUGUCAGCAAUGAGAACCAAACUCUACAUUGCAAGUUUUCAAGGCUAGUGGCGCAAAUUGCGAGAAUGCCAGCAAGAAAAUCGAAUAAAACCAUUAAAAAGCGUUCCUCCCGCUGAUAUAAAUGUAUAGUUGUAUUAACUUAGUUAAAAUUGCUUCAAUGAGUGCAUUUUUGAGCAAAGUGGUAGCAUCAAAUUUUUGAAAAUUUUCUCACCUUCUGCGGCAACCAUUCCUCGCCUCUGGUAGUAACUUUCCAGUGCUUUUUUACUGCACGUAUCACAAUAGUCUGCAUGUUAGCUACCUUAACCUAACCUACCUAUACAGUACAAAUGGUUCCUAAUUUGUUAAAUGAUUAAAUGAAGAAAGCUUUGUAUCUAAUUGCAAAAAUAGCUUGGUAUCUAGAAUUAUGUGAAUAUUAAAGAAGCUUAACGCCAUAGAUGAAUUGAGUAGACUCUUUUUUAAAAGGAAAGUUGUUGUUUAUUAGAAUAUUCAGAAAAUAUUAGAAUAUUACACAAAAUGGUUUUUCAAAAUUACAAAGGCGAGAUCCGAUCAGAAUUGGCAUUUCUUUGUGAAGCUAGUGAGAGAUUUAUAAACCUAAUGUAUUUUGCGGGUUAUGGACAAUGAUUAAGCUUGAUGUAGCAAAUUGUGUUACUUGAAAAUUGUUACUAGAAACCUGAAUUAUGGAUUUCGGGCAAACAGCAACAUUAUUUUGUCAUGUGCAAGAACAACAACAUAUGGCACGGAGACCAUUAGAUUUAUUGGCCAAAAAUAUGGCAAAUGCUACCUACUGAAAUCAAAGAGUCCCAAUCACUGCAGAUCUUUCAACCAAACAUAAAAUUUAUAUAAACUUCGAGUGCAGUUGUGGAUUGUGCAAAGCAUAUAUUGUACAUUUAGGCAUUCUAUAUAUAAUUACUUUUUAUAAAUUAUCACUUUUAUUGAAAAUAGUUAGCUUGAGUUAACUUAAUGCCAGAUAGAUGAGAUAACUUAUUCUCAACUGUAAACAAAUUAUUUAUGAUUUCUUUAUUAUUAUUAUUAUAUUAUGUCAUUAUUAUACUAUAAUAUAUUAUUAUUGUGAGACAUAUAAGGGUUGAAAAAAGUUUCGUCAGGAGUGAAUACGACUCUCCAUCUUUUGUCCCUUCACUAUUUCACAUGAUUUGACAAUAAAAGUUAUUCUCAACGCAUAAUUUUGGCAGAAACUGAACAUAUUUGUCUAUUAAUCACAGCUAACGAAGGGUUGUAAACAACGAUUUGCAGCAUCAAAAUGUCUCCAAACGAUUCCAACUAGCAGGAUAUUAUUUCUAUUUUCAUAACAAGGAAAGAGCCUUUGGCUUUGAGAAACAUGUAGUUGCUAGAGUUGAAAUAUUAUUUAAUUUAUUUUUGGUUGAUUGGCAACCAGCUCCUCGAACAAACAGACACACAUUCGUGCUCCAGCGUCCCUACAUGUAGGUUUAUUCACGCAAGGCUUUUUCAGCCCUAAAACUUCAAUGAGAUGGUUAUAAUUUUCCCUACAUAUAAUUGGCAAUAGUUUUCAUUGGCAAAUCUUAGAUGAUACAGUAAAUACCCAAAAACUCGAGCCUCCAAUGUAAUGGUUCGAGUUAUCGACUGCUAGAGUUAUCAAGAUUCUAUAGCUCGAAUGUUCGAGUUACUUGAAGUAUUUUAACGUAGACAACAACAAAAACAACAACAUCAACAAAAAACAUUAAAAAAAUGGAACAGAAGAUUGAAAUUCCAGUUCAUAGAUCUUUCUGCACUGCAGAAAGGCAAAAACUUAGUAAACAGGUGCAAAAGUGCUACAAAAUGAGCUGCCGAUCGUUCUUGCAACUUCAGUAUCUCCUAAAAACCACCGUAUCAAAGGACACAAUAAAUACAAAGAUAUUUGGACUUUAAAGCAAGUUUCUUUCUAUCGAGAACUCCUGUAGCGAAAUGCAUUCCUUGUAAGAGGUGCAUCAUCAUCAUAACCAGGAAAAAAAUUAAUUUAUCUAAAUACAUAUACCGUUUAAGAGUCACACUUACAUCAGCUACUGAUAUUAUUUGAAUGACUCCUCUUACAAAUAUGGUAAGCAACGAUUAGCAGCAGAUUAAUCAAUUGCAGCAACGAUAGAUACAAAAAAUGCAAAAGUCAAUAGUCUACAAUCAAAAGCAAUGAGUGAAAAUUUAUCGCUAGCAACAGAGUUUCGGUUCAUUGUACAUGAAAAUUUCAAAUUUUUCUGCACUCUCCGAGUUUUCUCUUGCAAACUUUGUAACAAUUAUUGUUUCUUAAUUAUCUUUACUUAUGCUUAUCAAAUAAUCAAAUUAAUGAUCUGAUGGAUAUCGUAUAAAAUGAUCUUGGUGAUGGAGAAGGAUUGAUUGUUUCUUGCAAUACGCAAAAUACGAGACUGAAUGAAUUUGUUUAUGUUUCAAACCAAAACAGCAUUUUCGUUUGAUGAACCAAAAA